GUCCCCAGGUAAUUAGCUCCAGACCCGGGCGCGGUGUUGGAAGGACGACGUGGACCUUGGUGGACACUUUGUUCAUUAACCUCUUAGGGAACGAAAAAAAAAGUUCUUUUUUUUUUCACCAGUGAAGCUUCCUACAGGGAAACACUGUAAUUCCAUGGAUACUAACAAGUCAGCGGGCACUCAGGGCUGGGAGGAUGAGAAAACCUCAAUGGUUCAGAACCCCCCUCCGCCUUAUUACCCGGGGGCCGCUCAGCCUGGCCAGGCUUACCCACAGCAGGGUUAUGGAUACCCCCAGCAGCCUGGUGCAGUAUACAACCAGCAGCCGUACCCUACCAACCAGCAAUACCCCGGACAGGGAGCCCCUGCCGCUAUCCAGUCCACCGUGUACGUGACCCAAGCCCCUCUGGUCAAUCCCGUCAACGACUACCUGGGCUACUCCAUCUUCACCAUGCUCUGCUGCUGCCUCCCACUUGGCAUUGCUGCUCUCAUCUUCUCAAUCUCGGCCCGUGAAGCCAACCACACCGGUGACCAAAUGGCUGCGGAGCGGAGCAGCAGGACUGCCAGGACUCUGAACCACGUGGCUCUGGGACUGGGACUUACAUCUCUGCUCCUUUUCAUAAUUUACAUAGCGGUGGUUGUUUUCUGUGGCCCAUAGAUAGAUACAAGUGCUAGUGGCUCUACUUCAUAUCUAUCCAUUGCAUGCUUCUUUCACAUAAUUAGGAAUAUUACUUGCCAUCAGGCUGAACAAGAUCCCAGGCUGAAGUUGCAUUAUUGAAUGGUCCGGGUAAAAAUAAUGUAAUCAGUGUGAUUGUUAUCUUUGUUUUCUAAUUGGAGAGUCCACAGAGAGUCCUCUUCUGACAGUUUUUUUAUUUUUGUGCUAAACCAAAUUGUUUUUGUUCAUUGCAAAGCGGGAUAAUCGGCGUAGUAGAGCUAUUGUCACAGACACAGUAAAGGCUCCCACAUACUUGGUCGUACUGUGCGCAUACUGUGAGCUUGGCGGACUCCUCGCUGACUCUCCGCGGACGUUUUACACUUCAAAGUCGAGCGUAUGUAUUGCCUUCAUUUCUUGUGUCAAAUUCCUACAAUUCCCACACUUUCUGCUAAUGGGACGAAGCGGCGGAACGGAUGGUAAAAUGUGUGAUUGGCUAGCUGAGCACCUGGAGUCGUUUCUUUUCCAGCAGGCUCCCACCUGUCAGUGAGAACAGAGGGGGACUGUGAUGGAGCACGUCCUUGUGACCGCCUGCUUGGAGGAGCUCAGUGUAUCAAGCUCGGUGUCACAUAUAAAACGGUUCAAUGUAAAGACUUCUUGCCGCCGAGCAGUUUAUAGUGUGACACUGCGUACGCGGUCAUGAAAAUUGAUCGCAUACAGUCGCAUAUGUCGUAGUACGUGCAGAGUCUGCGCAAGUAUGUGGGGGCCUUUAGUGGCUCUGAACCUGAACUGAACCUUUAUCUCAUCUGUGUUGAACAGAACUGGUCAAUUUGGUGAUUAUAUUUUCUUCUUCUUUUGUAAAACUAUGCUUAAAGAGCUUUUUUUUAAAAUAAAAAAUAUCUUCAGAAAUAAA